AAACUCCGUUGAACAGCUCACAGCGUUGAGUCGAUCGGUUUAUCGUUUUCGAAGUUAAAUCAUUGAUGAUAUUAAAUUCAUUUCUUUCUUCUUUUUUUUUUCUUCUUUUGGCCACGGAAAUCACCAAUUUUUUUUUCUUUAUCUACACUUAAAUCACAUCGAUUGACGAACUCGUAGAAAAACCGAAAUUUGUGUCUUAUAUAUAUUUUUAAAAUAAAUUUAAAUCAAUUUUUUGUGCGCAAUCAAAGUAACAGCUUUAAAAUAUUUUAGAAUAAUCCAUGAUCACAGUGUAUUUUGUUUGAGUUGUCGUAAUACACAACUGUCAAUAUUCUAUACAUAUAACACACACACACACACAUGGAUCAGAGGCCCACAUACACACUAUUGCAUUUGUGAAGUGAAAAAAAAAAAAAUAAAGGAGAAAAAAAACGUUCUAAAAAUAAUCACCCACACGCAAUCAAACCAAAUGGAAUGGAAAGAAAUUAUGAUGAAAAAAAAUGAAAAAAAAUAAUAAAUUCAACUGAAAUGACGAAAACAGUUGAAAUCACAAUUUUAUGCUAGUCAAAUGACUACAUGAGAUUGACACAUUAUUAAUUAGCAUUUUUCGAUUAUGGACGUAACCGAUUCGGUAUAUUUGUGUAAAUCGAGUGAAAUUUGAAAUUGGUGUUUCUUCUUCGUGUUAUUUUUCUUUUGCUCAUCUUCGAUUAAAUUGAAAUAAAUUGUGUGUGUGUCGGUGUCGGUGUUUAUAUGAAGUGGAUAUGGUAUUAUUAGUUACCUUGAUCGUUCACCUCACUGUUGUCGUUCAAAAGCAAUGGAUCAAAUGCUUCUAGCACACUAACACGCAACCUAUAACGACAAUAUCAAGCAUUAAACAGACGAUUCCGCUGAAAUUCACCAUUCACCAUAGUUGCCAGAGAUAUGGAUGGAGCGGACGGUGGCUGCGAUGGCGGCAAAUCGUUUGGCAGCAAACCAGCUCGAGGAUGGUCGCAUGCCGAUAGCAUAAUUUCCAAUGAAGGGGUCACAUUCAAUGUUCGGUACAUUGGAUGCCUUGAGAUAAAAACAUCAAUGAAAGUAUUAGACUUUACAUUGCGAUCAUUAGUGGCCAAGGAGUGUAUAAACCGUGUAUGCGAAGCAGCCGGAUUAAAAACAAUGAAAAAACGACGCUGUGAUAAACGAAUACAGCAAGCCUUGUCCGAUACACCCAAUAUGAGUAAGGCGGGCGCAAACGCCACAUUGCGCGUAUCGAGUAAAUUUUUAUCACUCGUAGGUUUAGAAAAUAAUGAAACGAUUGCAAAACAUGACAUGCCCCGAAUAUCAUUUGCAUCCGGCGGUGACUCGGAAACACUCGAUUUUGUUGCUUAUGUCGCUAAAAAUGUGCAAGACUGGCGUGCAUGCUACGUUCUUGAGUGCGGCGGUGGUCAAGCGUCCGAUUUAAUUGCUGCUAUAGGUCAAGCAUUUGAACUGCGUUACAAUGAAUUCUUCAAUAAAUCAAACGCUGAAUUUGCAUCAAGGGACACUGAAAACCUAAACAUUGAAAAAGAUUAUUACAAUGAUUUACCGGGCAAGUUACCACCUGAACUCUUAGAUCCAGUCGAAGACAUAUCAUCGCAACAUGCACAAUCAUUGAGAAAACUCACAAUUCAAAAACCACGCGAACGAUUGAGUAGUAAUUUGAUUGAUUUGAAUAGUCCACCGCCUGAUCCAAACUAUGUGAAUGACAAAAGUUUUGAUGUCAACAGUAACACAACACCGCCAGCAAUUACGAGAGAUGUCUUCGACAUGCAGCCAUUUUCACUAUCGGCCGAAGUACAAAGAUCCCAGCUACUAACCGAGCAAUGGUUCCACGCGUCGAUCAGUCGACAAGCGGCCGAAGCGCUGCUCAAACAUGACGGUGACUUUUUGGUGCGCGAAUCACAAGGCAAAUCUGGGCAAUAUGUUCUUACCGGUUUACAAGCACAAACUCCAAAGCACUUGUUACUUAUUGACCCAGAAGGAACGGUACGCACAAAGGAUCGCAUAUUUGACAGCAUUAGCCAUUUAAUCAAUUACCACUGGACCAAUGUGUUGCCUAUCAUAUCGGAACAAAGUGCCCUUGUUUUACGAAAUCCCGUUAUAAGGGACUAUUCAGUGCCAUCGUAGCAUCUUAACGAAAAAAAUGAAAAAGAAAACCGAUAGGAACUAAACAAAUUGAGAUAUUCGAUAUAUGACUUAUACAAGUUUCGGUGCGAGAUAUUCGUACGAUUCUACGAAAUGUCAAUCAUUCCCCAAAUACUUUUAUUUUUUAUUUCAACGAACAAAACGAAAUUAUAACUUCUUUUUUUUUCUAUUGUAUGAUAAACAAAACAUAAUAUCAAAAAAUGAACGAAAAAGAUAAAUCAAACAUUUUUAUAGUGUAAAAAAAGAUCAAGAUAAAAUUUAGUCGCAAAGUUCAUCAGAUUUCAUUGGAUUCCAUUUAUUUCAACGAUGAACGAUUCCAACGAACGUGAACGAAAUUAGUGCCAGAGAAAAAAAAAAGAAUUUGGAAAUCAAAUUCAUAACCAAGAGCAUGUUGAUAAUGUUCUCACUCACUAUCCGGAGUGAUAAUCAUUUUUAUCACCCAAUAAAUUAUGAUAAAAUUGGAAAAAAUAUCCACGAAAAGGAAAUCGAUUGGUCAAAAUUGUCAAAAGAUAAUCGAUUAAUCAAAACGGAAUUGUAUGAAUAAUUUGAUAUUUACACCUGGGAUCUGAUAGAACCAAUUAUUCUUUUUCUCAUUUAUUUUGGUUUUCCUCAAAUAUAUACAUUCACAAGUUAAGAAAUAAAAAAAAAAAACAUUUAGGAUACAUACGAUUCCCAAACCAACAUAUUGUGGCUUAAUCAAGGGGCUCUUUUUUGUAAUAUAAUGCUUAUUUUUGAAUUGCGAUAAAAAAUUAAAUAAAAAUCGAUGUAUUUUUUUUUUAAUAAAUUCCAUUCUAUACAGAAAAAAACGAAAUUGUUAGCUUUUAGGAUGUCAAGUGACUUAGUUUAGUGUAUCAAAACCAAAAUUGAUUGCAAUUCAUUCGGAUGUACUAUGUUUGGGAAUUAUCAUCGAUUUUAUUAGAAUAAAACCAAAUCUAUUUUUGAAUCCAUGCUUUUUCAAGUGAAUUUCAAA